GAACAAGACUGGGUAGUAAUUGAUGAUUUCGACACAGUACAAAUAGAAGUGUGGCGCACCAACCUAAUUUGUUCCCUACAGAAUAAACAUUCCGCUAGUAGUGUGAGUCUUUAUAUAUUCGCUUCUUCCAUCGCUAUCGUCUCCUCACCGGCAGUUGAUACUUUUGAGGGGACAGAGCUCGAUACACGAUUUCGUUUCUUAGCCUACUCAACUUUUGGGUCUAAUUUGUUGACAAAAAUCGAUUAGAGUCUGUGUUUAAGGUAUAACGUGAGUACGACUACAUUCCUGUAUUUUGUGAGGAUGUUUUUCAUGUCAGAGAAAGGACAAGUUUUCGUGACAUUUUGGCUCAGAAAGGCAGCACCAGUGGCACUUUCUGAAGCCGGGCGGGGGGGGCGUCACGGUGGAUUUGAGGCUAGUGCCCCUUCUUUGGCGAGGAUGUGCGCCAAAAGCUGAGAACUUGAAGCCACCGCGCAUUUUCUUGUUCGCUUGGCCAUCGUGUCCGGGUUCUUGUCCGUGUGCCCCCGCAGACACCGGGCACUUUAUGGAUUCCGUGUGCUCGGUGACACGGCAAACACGAACAUGGUGGAUUAAGAUCCUUUCCAACCUUUACGCACGACACCGUUUAGCAAUCAGUGAUGUUACUCAGGGUGUGUGCCAGGUGAAGCUUUGUCGCCAGAUCUCUAAACACACACACACACACUCACACUCCGCUAUUCAUUCCGACCACAGAAGAAUGACUGUAUUCCACCGACUGCUGCGCGGGCGCUUGCACCCAUGGAAGCUUGCCGUCGUGGCCCUGGUGUUCGUGACGUUUCUGUUCCUGAUGCAGAGAGAGGUGGUCAGUCAGAGCCCCCAAGAGGAGCCCUGGAUUCGCGGGAUUGUGGGGAAACAGGACGCCGUACUGGGGAUGGUCAUGGGGGCCGUGAAGAACUUCAGGGACUCCAUGCCAAAGAUGCAGAUCCGCGCCCCGGUGAGGAGGCAGGGGGGCGGGGCGAGCCAGCCCUGCCUGCCCGGCUCCUACACGGCUGCGGAGCUGAUGCCCGCCCUGGAUAGGCCGCCGCAGAACCCCAGCGCCCCCGGGGCGGCUGGGAAGGCCUUCCAUACGGAGAACCUCAGCCCAGCCGAGCAGAAGGAGAAAGACAGGGGCGAAGAGAAGCACUGCUUUAACCUCUAUGCCAGCGACCGCAUUUCACUCAGUCGGGACCUCGGCCCAGACACCAGACCGCCAGAAUGUAUAGAGCAGACAUUCCGGCGCUGUCCGCCCCUGCCAACCACAAGCGUGAUCAUCGUGUUCCACAACGAGGCGUGGAGCACGUUAUUGCGCACGGUCUACAGUGUGCUCCACACUUCUCCAGCUCUCCUGCUCAUUGAGAUCAUCCUGGUGGACGACGCCAGCACAGACGAGCGUCUGAGAGGAGAACUGGAGGAGCAUCUGAAGCAGCUCCACGUCGUGCGCGUGGUGCGGCAGCUGGAAAGGAAAGGCCUCAUCACCGCACGCCUGCUGGGAGCCUCGGUCGCCACCGGCGACACCCUCACCUUCCUGGACGCCCACUGUGAGUGCUUCCACGGUUGGCUGGAGCCUCUGCUGGCCCGGAUAGCAGAGAACUACACAGCAGUGGUCAGCCCAGACAUCACCACCAUCGACCUGAACACGUUUGAGUUCAUGAAGCCCUCCCCAUAUGGCCAGAACCACAACCGGGGCAAUUUUGACUGGGGCCUGUCGUUUGGCUGGGAAAUACUGCCUGAACACGAGAAACAGAGACGCAAAGAUGAGACCUACCCUAUUAAAACACCAGCGUUUGCUGGAGGCCUGUUUUCCAUCUCUAAAGAUUAUUUCUACCACAUGGGGAGCUACGACGAGGAGAUGGAGAUCUGGGGUGGAGAGAACAUUGAAAUGUCCUUCAGGGUGUGGCAGUGUGGUGGGCAGCUGGAGAUCAUCCCCUGCUCCGUCGUGGGCCACGUGUUUCGCACCAAGAGCCCUCACUCCUUCCCCAAGGGCACGCGGGUGAUCGCGCGCAACCAGGUGCGCCUGGCCGAGGUCUGGAUGGACGACUACAAGGAGAUCUUCUAUCGCAGGAACCAGCAGGCCGCCCAGAUGGCCAAAGAGAGAUCGUUCGGAGAUGUCUCCAAGCGUGUGGACCUCCGGGAGAAGCUGCAGUGUAAGAGCUUCUCCUGGUAUUUAAAGAACGUAUAUCCAGAGGCCUUCAUGCCUGAUCUCAACCCACUGCACUUUGGUGCGAUAAAGAACUUGGGGAAGGACUCGUGUCUGGAUGCUGGUGAGAACAACGAGGGUGGGAAGGCGCUAAUCAUGUAUCCGUGCCAUGGAAUGGGUGGCAACCAGUAUUUCGAGUACUCGACACACCACGAAAUCCGACACAACAUUCAGAAAGAGCUUUGCCUGCACGGGGCCGACGGAGCGGUGAAGCUGGAGGAAUGCCAGUAUAAAGGCCACAACACUUUCACCGGAGUCGAGCAGAAAUGGGAGCUUCAGGAGGAUCGGAUGUUUUAUAACCAGGGCUUGAAGCUGUGUCUGAGUGCCCGCUUUGAAAACCCCUCUCUGGUCUCCUGCAACCCAGGAGACAAAUACCAGCUCUGGGUCUUCACCUGAGGGUACAGCUGAGUCACAUCCCCAUGUGUACACACACACACACACACUCAGUGCGCACACACACACGUGUGCAAACAGCACUACACACUACAUUCUACAGACACUGAACUUCUUUACAAGAGAACCUUUUUAAUUUAUUUUUAUAUGUGUAAUUACUGCUGCUGGAAAAGAUUGGAAUGAGUGAAGAAGUAAAGAUGUGCUCGUACACAAACAACAAGGCACCUUCAGGAAGGAUACUGAAGAUGUACGGUGAAGGACAACAUGAAGAUUUCUGGACUUUGACUUCCUUUUUUUUCUCUCCUCACCGUUGUUGGAAAGGCUGUUGCAACUGGCUGACACAAAUCCUCAAAUGAAUAGAGGCCUUGAAAAAGUUUGUCUUCUAAAGUACCAUCCACAUUUUAAUGCACCAAAGACUUCAGUAUUUAUAAUCCCUCAAUUAAGUAGUACAAUACUACC